UGUUUUUAAUUUUACUAGUUGGUAUUUGCGUUUCACCCAGAUCCUAUUUGAAAAUAAGUACGUAUAAACUAUUAAUUAAAUAUUAUUAAAAUGGAUAAAUUGCGUCGAGUGCUUAACGGAAAUGAUUCCACACCGGAGGAGGAGAGUAGCAUAAUCACACAGAUUAAUGAGAUGUCAACGCUUAGCUGGUCGACACGCAUCAAAGGCUUUUGCAUUUGUUUCGUACUUGGCAUCUUACUAUCGUUUCUCGGCUCGCUGGCCCUAUUUUUACACAGAGGCGUUGUUGUGUUUGCGGUCUUUUAUACGCUUGGUAAUAUAAUAUCAAUGGCUAGUACAUGCUUUCUUAUGGGUCCAGUUAAUCAAAUAAAAAAAAUGUUUUCAUCCACACGUUUAAUAGCCACUUGCAUAGUACUUGUAGCCAUUGUCAUGACCUUUAUAGCUGCUGUUGUGCUUCAUAAAGCCGGUCUGACUUUAAUUUUUAUCAUCAUACAAUCAUUAGCUAUGACCUGGUAUUCUCUCUCCUACAUACCAUAUGCUCGUGAUGCCGUAAAGAAAACCGUCUCUGCUUGCCUUGAUGUGUAAGCAGCAAUUUAUUAAAUUAUAUUUUGGUGCGAAGACAGCAAGUAUAAAGCUAUCUACAAUAUCAUUUGCUAAUACACAAUAAGCUUUGCAUUAAAUAAUAAUUAAUUUACUAUAAAAGUUCAGUUUAAUUGUUAUAAAAUUAUACCCUUAGUCCCUCAGCAUUUACACCUCAUAUGUAUACUAUAUGAUUUCAAUUUUUAACUCGUAAAACGUUAAAAUCACAUUUGCAAUAUAUACAUUUAUAGCAGUAAUAAAUUUUUGCAAAAUUAUAAUGCGCUGAGAAACAGUA